AUGUUGCGCACCAACUACAUUCCGCAUAUCCCCAAGGCUAUUCCCAUGGCCGCAAACAGAGGAUACACCUCGAGCGUCAGCCACCGAUUGAGAGUUGACGAAGCCAUGGGAUGUUGGCUCUUUGUGGCUAAUGAAAAUAAGCCUCUUGACAUUGUCAAUGUGCUCGUUGCCAAAAGAAGCAAGCUUUUACGAUUACUUGGUGUCUUCAAGGCUGAUACAGAGGAUCAAUCAUUUGAGGUGGACAAAGCUAAAGUCGUAAAAGAAAUUGCGGAAUUGGAACCCCAACCACCAGUGAAUGUGUCGAGAGAAUUGUAUAAAGAUCUCGUGAUUUAG